AUGGCGUCUCACCUCCUCUCAGCUGCGCUCGGCGUUAUCGAUCCCGCAUGGUCAAACAUGCUGAUCAAGAUCAGCUACGACCCGAUCAGCGCGACAAUGCAUCAUCGCGAUCUAGCACUCGCGCUCAAGCUCACCUUCCAACCAAACGUCUCGCCUGAUGCAAUCACAACUCCUCUUGACUCGAUCGUGUUCGUGGGCAUCAAGUUUGGGUCGCACACAGUCACCAUUGCGAUCCUCGAAACUCAAGCAUAG